AUUCUCGAAGACUGCGUCUGUCAACACCUACAACUUCCUGUACUAGAAUAAUUACUAAGAAGUGAACACUACCUGGAUUAUGAUGUAGAUGGUGAAAAUGCCGGUAUUGCUUUCAUCAGACUCACCGUCAGCCUCGCUCCGUGGUAAAUCAGGCAAAACCUCCUCCAACGGCAGGACUGCUUCACUUGCUCCGCAAGUAAACGAGGUCGUUUCGGAGGCGCUUUCGAACACCAUGCUUGUGCCUGUGCCGCCAGCUUGCAAUGACGGGGUCCUGCAGCCGCUCUUCCUGCUCUUCCUCGUUCGCACAUUUGUGGCCUGGAGAGCGCCGAUGGAUGACUGCGACGAGGUCUUCAAUUUCUGGGAGCCGAUUCACUACCACGUGGUUGGCCACGGUUUUAAGACUUGGGAAUAUGCAAGUUAUGCAUGAUGUGGUUAUCUUUGAAUUAUAACUUUGUUUGCUUACGUUGCUUCCUCCUGGUUCAUCAGAUAAUUUGAUUUUAAGGCUAGUUUAUACUUGAGCGUUCUUCAUAUUUCCGAAUACGGGAUCCGCACUUGGGCAUUCGUAUUGCUGUACUCGCUUCCGUGCAAAAUACUCUGGAUAAUUGGGCUGAAUUUGCACGACGCCUUUUCCGACUACAGCAUCUACUUCAGCCUUGACAAAACGUCUCUGUUCUACCUCACGCGAUUCUUUGCCGUCGUUAUGCCGUGUUUCUUCAGCGAAAUGGUGCUCGUCCGCUCUGUCGCAAAACUUGAGGGUGCACGACGAGGGAAAUUCACGAUCGCGCGGUACUUCUGCUACGCACUUGCUUUGGCGCCGGGAAUGUUCGCCGCGUCCGGCGCAUUGCUGCCGAGUAGCUUCUAUAUGGUGUGUGCAAAUUUUGUGUGGGCACUCUGGAUACGAAGCUACUGCGAUCGAGGGCGAUUUGCACUUACUGGCACAAAGAGUAAAUCAGGGAGCGACUUCAAAACUCUCGCUGCAACCGCGCUGGCCGUGGUGAUCACACUCAUAUCGGGAUGGCCCUUUGCAGCGUUGGUCUUCGUGUUUUUCUUCCUCGGAGUUCUCCUCUCUUUAUGACUUGGGCUCCAGAAGCCAUCAGAUUGAUGAAUCCAGGGUUUAUUCUUAUCGUUCAAGAAAGAAAAAUAUCCUCGCUUGAACUUGAUAUUGGAAUUUGGGCUUCUUCAAGAGUAGAGUUAGACUUUCAUAUUUCUUUCGUGCCUGGAGUGCCGUUCCCGUUGGUUUGAUGACUGUGGGUGUGACACUAGGUUUCAUGGCAAUUGUCGAUUACGAGUUUUACGGGACGUGGGUGUACCCAGUGUGGAAUGCCGUCUUAUACAAUACACCGGCAGCUGCGAAGACGAAAAUCCUAAUACCUGUUGUUGGAUUACUUGCUCGCGUCUUUACGAAUCACGUGGUGCCGAUGAUGGAGCAAGCGAGUGUUCCACAGGCGAGCGAUAUGGCGCAAUCCUUUGUGGCGGCUCUUGCAAAAGCUGAAGCAGAUUUGUUAGAGGAACAACCGGGGAGCGAACUGUAUGGCGUGGCGCCGCUGUCUUACUAUCCGAAAAACCUGGCUUUGAACUUCAAUUUCAUUUUCCUCUUCGCUUGUCUCGGAAUUGCAGUAUCGUGGUCACCAGCAUUCUUGUGGCGACGCAUAAUGAAUCCUAAGGACCACGAUCACCAGAGCACGCAAGCCGAUUCUGUGGUUCUCUUUGUCACCGAGACGAGUAUGUUCAGAUGGCUCACGGGGCCCUUUUUCACGUGGGUGCUGCUCCUCUGCUACCUUCCCCAUAAAGAAGAACGCUUUCUCUUUCCAGUCUAUCCGCUAGUGUGCUUGUUCGGAGUGGUACAUGGUUUUUCUAUCUUGCUUCACUGUAUUAGUAUUUACGCAGUAGAUAAUGAUCGUGUGUCCGAAUUCCAAUUCUUCAUGAUGUCCUUCAUGUUGACGAGCCAUCGCGCCGUUUCUUCCAAACUCUCUUUCCUACCUCUUUGUGCUCGCACUCGUAUUCAGGUCGGUCUCGCAGUCGCUACACCAAGUGUCCGACUGUUUUGGCUCCUGUCUGUUCCGCUUUCCAUCGUACGGAUAUUUGCGCAGGUGUACUAUUACAGUGAGCCGGUCUACACUGUUUGGGAGAAGGCGCGGACUAUCUCAUUACAAAUCAGCAUAGAGAAUGAAUCAAAGAGCGCAAGUUUUGCAUCGAGCGGCGCUCCAUCAGAACAGACGCAGACCACAUCAAGCACGUGGUGCCUAGGCAACGACUGGUACCGCUUUCCAGGUCACUUCUUUUUACAUGAGUCGGCACGCGCACAGUUCAUCAAGACAAAAUUCGAUGGAAUUUUGCCAGCACACUUUCCGGAAGCCAGGACUGGGAUUCGACUGGUUGGCCAACAAUCAGGAGUUGGGUCGAAGAAUAUCAGCGGCGGGCAAAACGCUGCUUCAGCGAGGGAUCAACAGGGACAAAGCUCCCUUCGUGAUGACCGUGACCUGUGGGUGCAGGUAAGUUCUAUGUGGAGGAAGCCGGAGGCUUUGCGGCCGCGACUCGACGCCAAAGUACCUCCACGAUGGAACAACCAGAAUCGGGAGGAGCACGAUCGCUACGUCCCAGAAUCACAGUGCGACUUCCUUGUGGAUGGCUUUUCGAAGGUCGAGUUAGAAAAAGUACAAGAUAGAGCAGAAUACUGUCGUACGAUGAUUGAUAAUUCGGCCAGUCGAUUUCCAUUCCGCUCCUUCUACUUACUCCCUUUGGAGAUGGGCGCAAGUGUCGUCCCGUGGCUUCGACAGACUAUCCGAAAGUACCUGGAAUUUAGAUAUUUUUGCAUCAUUCGAGGAGAAGGUAAUAAAUCGCCACGACCAGCAACUCCUCGUCCUCCGCGAGUCGCUGCCGACGCGCUAGCGACAGAGAAAACGGGAACCGGAGAUGAACUUUAAAAGCAUCUUCUUUCUGGAUCAAUCUCCGCAAAUGAGAAAGCAGUAACCUAAGCGCUAGAGACACCGAACCGCGCCACAAAUAAGUAAGUUGUGUUCCUCUGGAAAAAAGAAGAUAAAAGGAGAGCUUAAACAAAAAGUAAGCACCAAAAGCUUGAUCCGAUCACGUUUGGAGUCCGAUCUAGGGGAGCGAAAACGUCCAAUGAGUAGGCUUUUUUGAAGCAUCAAUGAAUAGUUUGAUGCAUCUGACAUAUGACGCGUCUCC